AUGGAUUUAUCUAUUUUAUCUGUAUUGCCUAAUGAAAUAAUUGAUCUUAUAAGCGAACAAUUGUCUGGAAUGGACCUUUUUCAUUUUACAUUACUCAAUCACUACCAUCUUGCUAUUACUACAUAUCAUCUAACGCAAUUACUACGCUUACAGUCUAGUCUAUCACUUCAAAAAGAAAUAAAAUCAUUAAUUCACAUGUCAAAAUCACCUUAUAUGAUUGUUGAAAAUGGCAUCAGUCUUGUAUUGUCUUCAUGUAAAUGGAAUAACUUUGUUUAUGGACCAUUCAAGUUACAAGUGAUCAAAAAAUCAUUGAAAUAUUAUUCGACAGAUUUGUUCUUCUUAUACUGUCGACUAUGGGGAUUUAAUCCAUUUUAUUAUGAUUCAUGUUAUCCUACUUUGGAUAUUUUUGAAUAUUCAUGUAUGAUAUUUUUUUUAAUCUAA